ACAUCUACAUCUGAAUUGUUUGAGACUCAAGUUUAGGAGCUUUCAUUAUUAAUCUUGCUGUACUUUGCAGAAACUCUGGCCUCUGCAAAGUCUUUAGCUGAUAAGGCAGCGUUCACGAGUGAUGUCAAUGAUGACGAUGUUGGGGCUAGUGAUGGAAAGCGAAGCAGGAGGCAAACUUCUUUCUAUAGUCAGGACCAGCAUUUCGGAGACGAUGAUGAGAGACCUCUUAAGAUGCUCAAACUAAAUGGAGGUAACAAUGAUAACCUCUUUGGACCUGGUAGUCCUUCAACCCAUUCACCAGCCUCAAGCCCACUCAUCUUAUCACCAGUACGAUCGCCACCAUCAUCCCCUGCUGAUGAGCUUGAGGUUCGGUCCAAAGGCGUCACUCCAUCAGAAGCCAAAGGCAUCACUCCAUCAGCAGCCAAAGGCGUAACUCCAACAGCUUCGAAUUUGCAAGGUACAGCCACUGCCCAUAUGGGUGCAUGUCAGAAAAAUGUACACACACCUGUCCUGGUCGUGUUUUUGCUCUACAAGAUCGCCGUCUGA